AUGGGCAUCCCAAAUUCCAACCUCAGCAAGAUGCAGAGCAUGUUCUACUUCGACGGGGAGCUAAUCCCAGAACCCGAGUACGAUCCACGCCAGGUCAGCAACUGGGUGAACGUCUUCGUCAACCCGCGAGACUCGGACUCAGACGACGAGACUCUUAUGCGCACUGUCGCCGCUUACAUCCGAACCAGCACUGCCUCGAUCUCCGUCCAUGCUAAGCAUCAUGACUACCCCCUGUGCAUCUCUAUCAAGGUGCCCGGAGACUACCAUUCCAACAAGGCGUCUAUUCUCGCCGCGGCGGAGCUGCAGGCUGACUACUAUUGCCAGGAGAUUCGGAAUGGGAGAGUGCGGAUCAAUCGGGCUUUGCUUUUCCGUCGUGAGGCGUAA